AAGAAGCCCGGGUGCUGGCUCAGGUAGGCAGAGCCUGCGUGCAGUAGUCGCUCCUAUGGCAACCCAAUAGAAUGGGAUCGCUUCAUGAAUAUUCCCAGGAGCAGGAGCUGCAUGAGGAAUAAGUGAUGACAGUGAUGUAAGCAAGCAGUGGCUGCUGCAGGUUGCAGUUCAUUGUGUUAUUGGCCGGCAGGUUGAGGAGUUUAAGGCACCCGGGCUUGAGCUUGGCUUUCCGGAUGAUGUCUGCCCGCCGGGAGACACGGCACAUUUGCAUCUCGAUGCCAACAUGGCAAAGCGGCUGCUGCUGCUGCUGCCGCCCUCCCUCACCUUCCAGCAAGAAGUGUGUGGCUCUCCUCUAGACUUCUUGCCCGGUGCUCUGGAUCUGAACAGACAGGGAUUGCAGUAACACUCACCAAGGGGAGGCAAGCAGCAAGUAGCCAAAUCGGGACAACGGAGGGGGGGGCUUUUUUUGCCUUCCCUCUUUUUUUUUUUUUUUCCUCUCCUUCUCUUCUGGAUGCAGAGCCUGUGUUUUGAUGCAGAGCCUGUGGAUGCCACAGUCUGGUAAGGAGAUGACACGCCAGUGUCUGGUCCCUUCUGCCCCUUGAGCUGGGAGCAGGGGCCUGGGGCAGUGACGGUUCCCCUCCUUGGGCAGAGCGAGGGGGUCUCUCCCUCUUACUGAGCAGCAGCAGCAGCAGCAGCCAUGGACAAGCUGCCCCCCUCCAUGCGGAAGAGACUCUACAGCCUGCCCCAGCAGAUAGGACCCAAGGCGUCGAUCAUGGAUGAGGAGGAAGACAGCGACAAGGACACCCGGAGGAAAAGCAUCAGGCUGAAGCCACUGCCUUCGCCCUCUGCUGGGAGCACCCGGGCUCUCGGGGGAGACCCUGGCCGAGGGGGUGACCCCAGCCUCGUGGAGACAGAGGCGGGCAGCAAGGGCGCCAAGACGAGCACCAACGGGGACUGCCGCCGCUUCAAAGGGAGCCUGUCCUCGCUGACCAGCAGGCACCUCCACGACGCGGCCGAGGAGAAGAGGCUGAUCGGCGGCGAAGGGGAGCCGGCCUCCCCCAGUGAGGACAAGAGCCCCCCUGGCAGUUCGGAGCUGGAGCAGGGACUGCCAGCGCCCCCCCCACCAGCGUCCCCCCCGGAGCCCCAGCAGCAGCCCCCCCGGGCUUGCUCCUCUACCUCCAUCAAAGUGGAAGGAGGUGGAGGGUGUGACCAGAUCACCCCAGAUGAGGAGCAGAGGCUGGGCCAAGCCGGUUUCAUGCAGAGGCAGUUUGGGGCCAUGCUCCAGCCGGGGGUCAACAAAUUCUCCUUGAGGAUGUUUGGCAGCCAGAAGGCCGUGGAGAGAGAGCAGGAAAGGGUUAAGUCUGCUGGGUUCUGGAUCAUCCAUCCCUACAGCGACUUCAGGUUUUAUUGGGAUUUGACCAUGCUUCUCCUGAUGGUAGGGAACCUGAUCAUCAUCCCUGUGGGCAUCACUUUCUUCAAGGAUGAAAACACUACCCCGUGGAUUGUCUUCAAUGUGGUUUCGGACACGUUCUUCCUCAUCGACCUUGUCCUCAACUUCCGAACUGGGAUUGUGGUGGAGGACAACACAGAGAUCAUCCUAGACCCACAGAGGAUCAAGAUGAAGUACCUGAAGAGCUGGUUUGUGGUGGAUUUUAUCUCCUCCAUCCCCGUGGACUAUAUCUUCCUGAUAGUUGAAACACGCAUUGACUCGGAGGUGUACAAGACAGCCCGGGCGCUGCGCAUCGUGCGCUUCACCAAGAUCCUCAGCCUGCUGCGGCUGCUGCGGCUCUCCCGCCUCAUCCGCUACAUCCACCAGUGGGAGGAGAUCUUCCACAUGACCUACGAUCUGGCCAGUGCAGUGGUGAGGAUCGUGAACCUGAUUGGGAUGAUGCUGCUGCUGUGUCACUGGGAUGGCUGCCUCCAGUUCCUCGUGCCCAUGCUGCAGGACUUCCCUGACGACUGCUGGGUGUCCCUCAACCGCAUGGUGAACGACUCCUGGGGGAAGCAGUAUUCCUACGCCCUCUUCAAGGCCAUGAGCCACAUGCUGUGCAUUGGCUACGGGCAGCAGGCACCCGUUGGCAUGUCAGACGUGUGGCUCACCAUGCUGAGCAUGAUUGUGGGGGCCACCUGCUACGCCAUGUUCAUCGGCCACGCCACCGCCCUCAUCCAGUCGCUGGACUCCUCGAGGCGUCAGUACCAGGAGAAGUACAAGCAAGUGGAGCAGUACAUGUCCUUCCACAAACUCCCUGCAGACAUGCGGCAGCGCAUCCAUGACUACUAUGAGCACCGCUACCAGGGGAAGAUGUUUGAUGAAGAGAGCAUCCUGGGAGAGCUGAGUGAGCCCCUUCGGGAGGAAAUCAUAAACUUCAACUGCAGGAAGCUGGUGGCUUCUAUGCCCCUCUUUGCCAAUGCAGACCCCAACUUUGUGACAUCCAUGUUGACCAAGCUGCGGUUCGAGGUCUUUCAGCCAGGGGAUUACAUCAUCCGGGAGGGCACCAUUGGCAAGAAGAUGUACUUCAUCCAGCACGGGGUAGUGAGCGUCCUCACCAAAGGCAACAAGGAGACCAAGCUGGCAGAUGGCUCAUACUUUGGAGAGAUCUGCCUGCUGACGCGGGGCCGGCGCACGGCCAGCGUGCGAGCAGACACCUACUGCCGCCUCUACUCCCUCUCCGUGGACAACUUCAACGAGGUGCUGGAGGAGUAUCCCAUGAUGCGGCGAGCGUUUGAGACCGUGGCUCUUGACAGGCUGGACAGAAUCGGUAAAAAAAACUCCAUUCUGCUGCAUAAAGUCCAGCAUGACCUCAAUUCGGGUGUUUUCAACUACCAGGAGAAUGAGAUCAUCCAGCAGAUCGUGCAGCACGACAGGGAGAUGGCACACUGUGCUCACAAUGUCCAGGCUGCCGCCGCCGCCGCUGCCGCAUCCACUCCCACCCCUGUCAUCUGGACCCCUCUGAUCCAGGCACCCCUGCAAGCUGCAGCAGCCACCACUUCUGUCGCUAUAGCUCUGACCCACCAUCCGCGCCUCCCAACAGCAAUCUUCCGUCCUCCUGUGUCCGUCCUGGGCUCUUUGGGACAGCAAUCCAACCAGACGCCGAGACAGCUAAAACGAAUCCAGUCUCUAAUCCCGUCCACGGGCCCUUCUGCUGUUGGCUCUCCCUCUAGUACUCCGUCCCAGCUGCAUACUCCAGGAGCAGAAACCCCUUCCUCCUCCUCCUUCCACAUCCAGCAGCUAGCAGGAUUCUCAGCGGCCGCUGGCUUAGGCCAGUUCCAGGUGGGAUCCCCUCCAGGCAGCUCAAGCCAGCUGGGUUUGAGCAGCCCAUCCACAGCAGGACUGAGCCAGUUCCAACAGGGACCUUCUGGAUCACCCUUAGGUACAGCUCAGUCCAUGCAGCAAAAACAGCAGCAGCAGACAGCCCUUUCCAACAGUGGAUUUGGGCAUUUCCAGCAAGCUACAACUAGCUCCCCAUCAACAUCUCUCACUCAACUCUCAUCAAAAUCACCCCCCAGUCUUCUCAACCAGUUCCAGCCCACCACAACACCGCUGCAGGGGGGACAGUUACAGCAGCUCUCGGGCAGUGGGACUUUGGGGGGACUGAAUCACUUCCAACCGCCUCCUCCUUCCAACUCGCCAUCCUCCAGCCUAAGCCAGCUGGCACAGGUCACUGGUGGGCCGUCCUCAGGUCUGUGCCAAACACAUCCAAGUGCAUUAGGAUCUUCAAUUGGAACGAUAUCCCAGCUCCACCAAGAACGGCCAUCUUUUGCCUCCAUGUCUCCACUACAUAAGUCUGGUGUCGCCUCUCCCUGUUAUACCCCUUCAGGCCUUAGUCCUCCUAGUCAGAGCCCAGUGGCAACAAGAACUUUUCAAUGUAGCCCUUCCGGGGCCUCAGGCUCUCACGGAUCUCUGCUCCUGCCUCAGACUGCCAGCCCAUCUCCGCAGAUCCUGCAGGCCAAGAGCACGCCGCCGGUGCCGCCGGGACGUCUGAACCAGGACAUCAAGUUGAUUUCUGCUUCCCAGCCGUCUUUGCCCCAAGAGCUGGCUCAGACGCUGAGCCAAAGUUCUCCUCAUUCCUCUAGAGAAUCUGUUUCCAGCUUCUCUCCUUUUCCUGGUGGAGGGACCGGACUUCUUGGAAAGCCUUGUAGCUCAAUUCCUGGGCGUAUGACUUUACCACGUCAGAUGUCCUCAGGUUCUUUACCCCAUCCGCUGGUGUUUGGGGCCAGCACUGCAGGAGCUGCUGCUCUGACUGCUGGUGGGAGGAAAGACUCCAUAGUGCUCACAGGGGACCUGGAACCUGUCAGAUCCAAACUGCCCUCCAAUUUGUGAGGACUCCUUCUGAGAGCUGAUUAUGUCAGCCCUGCAAUUCAGUUCUUGAUUAGACUUUCAUGAAUCAUGUUUUCCAUUUCUUCUCCCUCUUCCUUUCCUUUCCUUUUUCUCCACUUCUUUUGUUUAGGUAUAACUGUGACUAGAAACAAAAAAAAACACAUGAAAAAGAACAAAAAAAGAAGAUAACCAGGUAUUCUUAGAGCUAUAGAUUUUUGGUCACUUGAUUUUAUAGAAUAUUUUAAUACAUGGAAAAAAAGGAUAUGAUCAAAUUUAAUCCAACAAGGUAACGCAUAGACAAGGCGUGUGCCUGAUCUGGAACAUGUGAAUGAUCAGCCACAGAAGCCACCAAGAAAGGUUUUCCUGUUGAGACAAAGAUCCGAGGUUGACUUGAGCCAUAAAAAAGGAACAUCUGUUCAGGCCUGUAGCUGGUGUUUUUAGGACAGCUCUGCUUGGCCUCAGGCUGGCAUCACUUUGAACCUGAACCUGAUCCGCAGCACCUAGUCAUGGGGGGACUUGGACGGGCCCAGUGAGCAUCAGAAUGUUUUGUUUCCUCCCAGGUUUCCUCCUGUGAUAAGCAGGCUGCAGAGGAAGCAAGAAGGAGGCAGUUUCAGCAACACAGUCUAGGGAUUUCAGAAGGGCUGAGCUUCUGUUCAGACUCCAUCUGAAGAGGACAGAGGUGACUGGGAGAUGGCCUGACUUCAAAUACUUUUCCUUAUUCUGCUGAUGCUCUUGUAAGAACAAGAAGCAAUCCCUUGUAAGUCACAAGGAGGACAGUGACUCUCCCCUCUGUGUUUCUGUAGGCAUCGUGGAUGACAUGGGCUGUGGAAGAAGGUCUGCCUCUGCCCCACACCAGGCAGCUGGCCUCAGCCAACAAAAGAGCCCAAACAAGAACCUCUCCGUGGUUCAGAAACCGGGUGUGCUGCCUUCUAGGUUGGGGUGUGCAAAGUAAGGGGAGGGUGAAGAAAGAGGCAGCAGUUGAACCUUCCCUCUCUCAUUUCAAUGUCUGUGUCCAUAGGCUGACUGGUUAGAGAAAAAUUGGGAAGUGGGGUGAAGCGGCUCCAGCCCUCUUCCUCUUUAGCCCAGGGGAGUUUGAGCUUUGAGGUACCAGGGUAAUUCUGAUCCUUCAGAUUUGCAACUGUGUUUAUCCCAUUAAACCAGAUUAGACCAGAAAUUUAGCCAGCCGUGGUCCAUGCUUCUCCUCUGAUGGGGAAAUCUAAAUCCUUUGCUUGAUUUCACCAGCAAUAAGAGCCUGCACCUAAUUGGCUUUGGUCUCACCCUGCAGUUGCAGCAUCACUGAACAAGUCUUGGGGCUAGCGGGCACCUUGAUUUUUGGGGCACCACUGAUUUAAGGCAGCCAAAGCGGGACGCAGACAGUCAGGAGCUGUUGGGUGAACACAGCACUGAGAAGCUACAGCCUUUACCUCUAGAGCAAAUAUGUCCUUUGACUCUUUUUUGGUCUUUUGUUUUCCCUUUUAGGCCAAGAGGUGUCUCCAGCCACCUCGCUCUAAAGAGUCAGGUGCUCAGCUUUUCUAAAACCCAUUACACGUAUCCAGCCUUCCUCUGCUCCCAGCUCUCAUGAUGUCCCUCCAGCCCUCAGAGGGAAAGCAGGACUUCAUGCAGCAGUGCUAAAACCCUUACUAUUGUUAUCACAGUAACAACCCAUGUCCAUAGAACUCCCUCUCUCCCCCAACAAUGGCUGACAGUUGGGUUUUUAUACCAAAUUGUUUGCAAAAACCUUGACACAUGCCUGUAACUUGGAUGUUGCUGCCAGCAUCCCUGGGCACUCUUGUUUCAACAUGCUUCGGUGGCUCAGAGUUCAGAGGUAAUCAGCUUUGGUCUUCCUUAAAGGGUCAGGGCAACUCCAGAAAUGGUCUUUUUCUACUAGCUACAUACAACAACUACUAUGUGUGAGUGUGUGGUGGGAGGGGUGCAUGUGUGUGUAUAGAUUUUAUAUAUAUCUAUAUAUACACUUUUAUAUAUAGUAUACAGUUAUACACAUACGUAGUCUAUUUAUGCACAUGUUUAAGCACGCGCACACACACACAUAUUUAUAUCUAUAUAUCCUCAGUUUCGAAUACAUGCCAAUUUUGACCCUCCUUUAGGCCUGUUGGGCAAGUGAGAUUUAUAGCAUAGAGAUGCUGCUUUUCCAAAUAUGUACAGGUUCAUCUUGAAACCAAAUCAGUUGCUGGAAUUAAAGCAGACUCAGACCCUCUCAUGCUCUCAUAGAUAUGAGGCAGUUCCUAGGAGGAAGAACCACUAUGUCCUUUGAAGUUUUAUAUUGUUUUAGCAACAUUUCUCCUUCCACAUGCUAGAGGGCCCCUAGAAUGAGCAUCUCAAGAGGUUGGGAGCUGAGCUGAUUGGGUCCAGGCUAUCUAACAGAAGUAGUUGGGAAAAGUCUUCAGCCCAGCAAUGCCAAGCCCUCAUGGAUGACUGUCCUGUGACUGCUGCAUUGGUACUUGAAUCUCAACAACCCCUGUGGACACUGACAAAUGGAGGUGCACAGAAACUCCCCGAGGGCUGUCUCUAUCUCUGUGUGUUCCAUCCACUAGUCUGGUGAAGAUCCUUCUUCGGUUGGGUUACUCUGCUUUGUUUCUCACGGGGAUACUGUUUGAUUUGCCAGGUCUUAGCAGUGCAGUAGCCAAUCUUGAGUUAUUCCGACUGGACCUCAGUCAGCACUAGGCUUGUCUCAGUAGGUGGAACUAUAUUUAUUAUUACUGGGUUUUUUUGGUUGAUUUGGGGGGAAGGGAGGGAAGAGUUCUCGGGCUGGGGUUUGCAAUAUAAAGCACACAAUAAAAACCUUAGUAAAUAAAAAUGUGAAAAACCUA